CUAACCUAAAAAUUUUAAACUGUCAGAUCAGUGGGGAUAAAAAUGUUUUAAAAAUUGAGAAUACAUUGUUUAGUAUUUAUAUUGUGUAAAAAUGGCUCUCGUUAAGCUUUGCUUACCACUUUUGACUAGAACCGUAAGAUUAUACCCCGUAGCACAAGCUCAAAAAAUCCACCGAUGGGUUGCUCCUACUUUGAUGGAGCUGAAGCGAAGAGAAAAGAAGCAGGGCGGUAAAAUAACACACCCCAGAAACACUUUCCUGGAGUGGAAUUUAGAAGCGGAAUUAUACGCGUUUGGGAAGCGAUUAAAUGAAGACUUCGAUUCGGAUCUAUUACUCCAGGCUUUCACUGACAGGUCUUACGUUAUCAAAGAGGAAAUGAAACAAAAAGAAAUGGAAUUCAAAUUGGAAAUGAAGGACAAUAGAAAGUUGUCUGAAGAAGGUGAAAAAUUCAUCGGACAGUACAUUCAAUUGUACUUAGAAGCUGUCCUGCCCAAGUUCCCCUUAGAGGGGGUUGCGGGAGUGAGGCAGCAUCUGACCAGUGAAGAUACUCUAGCCAACGUCUCUCUCCAUCUGGGCACCAAGGACAUCAUACUUGCUGCUGAGUAUCCAGUGGAUAACUACACAUUAGCCACAGCAUUCAAAGCCAUAGUGGGUGCGCUGCUGCAGUCUGGCGGAGAUGAGAGAGCCGCACACUUUGUCAGGGACUUAGUCAUCACGCAACUGCAAGGGCAAGAUGUGAAUGAGUACUGGCACAUAGAGGACCCUUGGGCCAUGCUGACGGGUCUGCUCAAGAGCCAGGGGGCUGACGUGGAACCCCGGCUGAUCGGCGAGGUCGGCAAGAACACUCUACUAGCUUGCUAUAGAGUUGGCAUUUAUGUUGACAAGAGGAUGAUAUCAGCAGGUUUCGGUGAAAACGUGUCCACCGCCAAAGAGAUGGCGGCGCGCGAGGCUCUGAAGAAGAUCUUCGGCACCGAGGACCACAUGAAGCCCAUCAACUACCAGCUCCAAGGCAUACCCAAAACUUCCUCGGAGACCAGAUACCAGAUCGCUGCUAGUUGAAAUUGCAUUCUUGGACUGUAGGAUUAAGUGCUUGUUUUUAAAAUACCACUUUUCUCAUUUGUUUGGUCGUGGUUUUUAGAAACCCCUCUCUCUGUCUAUGGCCCGAGACUGCCCUAAUGGUAAGAAGAGCACAGCAUUUCCCAAACUAUGGGUCGCGAGCGAAUAUCGAGUGGGCCUUGAAACUACUAGGAAAUCUGGGCGUGAUUUGGGUCCCAAAAAUGGCAGUUGGUGUUAGGUGGGUCGGAGCCCAGUCAACUUGGGGACCACUGGAAUAGCAUCUUAUAUA